GGCAGAAAAAGGUGGCAACUGCUAGGUAGUUAAUGCGCUGGCCUGGGUGGAGGCACGAAGAAAAUCCUGAGGUGGCGGCCCACAGACUGGGAUGACUGGGAGGUUGAGGGCCCGCUGUCGCCCACCCCGACCGCCUACCACUGAUGUUCCCGGAUGCGCGGGCGUCCAGCGCCUGCCCUUUCGCCAUUUCCCCCUACUAGCAUUAAAUCCCUGUGCUUGAGAUGGCAAUGCUUUAGAACCCAGGCGGCAACGUAUUCUGUAGCCGCCAGUCCGCAGGAAGCGCAAGGGAUGCUUUUGCUGGGUGAACUCGGUGGGCACCCAAAUCCUAGUAAUCCAGUCCCCGAAAACCGCGCCGGACCUUCCGUACUGCCAAGUGUGAGGCAAUUAAUACAUGGCUUUCGAAAGAAUGUUAAAUGAAUCCAGAAGAAGCCCUUUAAAAGGAAACCUCUACGAGACCGUGUUGGAACUGAGGUUUGAGUUAUCAUUCAGCGAAUGAGGCAGGGUGGAUGCACGCUGCUGGGUUUAGAAAAAAACAAAAACAAAAAACAAAAAAAUGAGCAAGCGAGACGCCCCUUCCGUUUUGUGAGAACCAGGCUGCAAGCAAAUAAAUCGGCUGGCCCCACUGCAAUCUUCUGCACUCGAGCACCAAGAGAUCCUGUUCCUAUCAAUUACAGAAGCCGUAAAGGAAAUUUUAAAAGUUCAAACUACCGUAAUGAGGUGUUGCCACAUCUGCAAACUUCCCGGACGAGUGAUGGGCAUCCGAGUGCUUCGUUUCUCUUUGGUGGUCAUCCUUGUGCUGCUGCUUGUAGCCGGGGCUUUGACCACUUUACUUCCAAAUAUCAAGGAAGACAAGAUGCUCACUUUGCGUAGGGAAAUAAAAUCCCAGGGCAAGUCCGCCCUGGAUUCCUUUACUCUAAUAAUGCAGACGUACAACAGAACAGAUCUCUUACUGAGACUCUUAAAUCAUUAUCAAGCCGUGCCGUAUCUGCAUAAAGUGAUUGUGGUAUGGAACAACAUUGGGGAGAAGGGACCAGACGAGUUAUGGAACUCUCUAGGGCCUCACCCUGUCCCUGUGAUCUUCAAACUACAGACAACAAACAGGAUGAGAAAUCGACUCCAGGUCUUUCCUGAACUGGAAACCAAUGCGGUGUUAAUGGUAGAUGAUGACACGCUAAUUAGCGCCCAAGACCUUGUCUUUGCUUUCUCAGUUUGGCAGCAAUUUCCUGAUCAAAUUGUAGGAUUUGUUCCUAGAAAGCAUGUCUCUACUUCAUCAGGUGUCUACAGUUAUGGAGGUUUUGAACUGCAAACACCGGGGUUUGGAAACGGCGACCAGUACUCUAUGGUGCUGAUUGGAGCCUCAUUCUUCCAUAGCAAAUACCUUGACCUGUUUCAGAGGCAACCUGCAGCUGUCCAUGCUUUGAUAGAUGAAAUCCAGAACUGUGAUGAUAUUGCCAUGAAUUUUAUCAUUGCCAAGAACACCGGGAAGACUUCAGGGGUAUUUGUGAAACCUGUAAACAUGGGCAAUUUAGAAAAAGAAUCCAACGGUGGCUAUCCUGGAAUGUGGCAUCGAGCUGAGCACUUUCUGCAGAGGUCUUACUGUAUAAAUAAGCUUGUUAGUAUCUACGAUAGCAUGCCCUUAAAAUACUCCAACAUCAUGAUUUCUCAGUUUGGUUUUCCCUAUGCCAACCACAAGAGUAAAAUAUGAAACUAAAACAAACAAACAAAAACAAACCUCAAAACUGCUUAGUAUUUGAGUAGCUUCUCUUUGCUAGCGUUGGUGUUUUGUUUUGUUUUUUGGGUUUGUUUAAGCAACAUCAAGAACUUUUAUCCACUACGAAGUCUCUACAAAGGACGAAAAAUGUACCGUGCUUCUAGGACAUAAAAUUCACAGGAACUUCGGAAACCAAGAAGCUGGUACUCUCUAGAUAGGUCUUUUUGCGAGGAAUUUUCAUCCACGGAUAGAACUCCUUGGUCAGCGAUUUUAUUGUUUACAUUCUGAGACUGUUCUACAAUUUCUUUGACUCCUGGCAUUUGCCUUAAGGACCUAUAGCAAGUUGUCUCUGGGAUCAGAAACUCCAGAAAAGCAUUUCUCAGCUUUUUCCCUAAAGGAUGAUUGUUUUCAUUUGAAGCCUGAAAUGCCUCGUUAGCAAAAGCCUGUGGCAUAGAGAAAAGCCAUGUGAAGGGAGAAUAGUCUCAAUCCCUUAUAAAAACAAGUGGAAAACUCAUGACUCUCAGUGCUUUCAUUGUGGUCUUUCAACCAGUCCUUUCCAGCACUAACUCGGCCUGGCAUGGUUUUGAUGCAACCAUCAGUGCUUUUGAUUUUCGUUGAUACGUCUGUUGUGACUGGGAGAGUUCACUUUAGUAGUUGAAGGAUGUCUAGUUGUUUGCUUGGUUUUUGUGAACAUUUACUGCAUGGAUCACAAAAAAGUGCAGCCUGUGUUUCUUAUGUGCAACUUCUAUGCAGCAAGGAGCAAAUGUGUUACUAGAUUCAGGUAGUACAUUUUGUCCCUGAAUCUGACCUUGAGAGUGUAUGUUAAUUCUUACACUUUACAUAAACUGUGUGUUGUUCAAGAAACUUAUAAAAUAAUCUUCUGAAAGAAUGAUUAAUUAGGAACUGGCAAAAGUUACAACCCUUAGUAUCGAAAGAUCUUUAUUGUUAGGGCAUGGGAUUAAUUAUCUCAUGGGUACUAAAGUGUUAUGUGUAUGAUACACAAAGUUAAUCUCUUGUAUUCAGAGCUGCUGCUGCUUUUUUUUUUUUUCCCAAAAAAGACUCGAGGCAUUAUUCAUCAUGAUAAUAUUUUGAUUACAUAGAUACAGGAAAAAAAUAAGAGAACUGAAUCACAGCAGAGGAAUUUUAUAGGGAGUCUGCUUCGGUAAAUUGUUAACUUGCUCACUCUGUUAUGUGAAUUAGUAUCUGUGUUCCACAUAGUGUCCGUGUUUGGUCCUUGUUCACACUAGUAGCAAGGAAUACUUAAUUAAGCCCCUAUCUACCACCUUCUCCUCUUCCUUUUCCCCGUUCUCCUCCCCUAAUGUCAUUAUAUUCUCACAUUUGCAAAGCUGUGAAAAUAUUAUAAUAAUCAUGCUCAAUGUUCCAACGAUGAGGUCUCUGUGCAGUUAGUUCAGUAUAUGUUGUUCCUUUACAUUGGCCUGUGUAUAUGUCUUAAUGCAGUCAGAUAAAGCCAGUAGAACCCAGAACCUCACUAAAAACCUAUAAUGUUCGUUAUCUGCUUUGGCCAACCUUGGUAGUGAUUUUUUGCCUCUUGGAAUUCACCUGGCAGAUAAAUAAAAUAAACUUCUACCAUGCAGAUGUUCUCUUAAUUAAGCAGACUCACAUUUUUGUGGUCCGUAUUUUUACAAAUUUCUAAAUAUUCUAAUAUAUUGCUCAGGGUAAAGCAGAGGCAUUAGCUACCUUCCCCCGGGGUGGGGGGGGGAAUUCUCCAGUGGGAAAAUAUUCCCAGAUUUUAUUUCCCAUUUUGUGUUCUCAAACUUGUCUUAAGCAUCACAUAAGUUAAUCGUAUCAUGUUUUUCAGACAUUAUAGAGCAAAUAUGAUCACAAAGUGAAGUUCAAUCUGUGAUACAGAGACCUUUGCAUUGUGGUUGUGAUUCUACAGAAACUGUUUUCCCCUGCACACCCCUUAUUCUUGCUCCAAAUGAUCGGGAGAAGAGAUGAUGCUCAGGAAACUGCAUGAGGAAAGCAAUGUAGCUUAGAGGCUAGGUGUGCCAGGAGAGCAUCUGGACUCGAAUCCUUCCUAGAUCUCACAUUUACUUAACUUCUUGGAGCAUUGGUUUCCCCAUCUGCAAAAAUGAGAGUCCUAUCUACCCAGGGGUUUGCUUUAAGAAAGAAAAGAGAUAACUUGUAUAAAUAUAGCACAAUGCCUUGCUCAUUUUAAUGGCCAAUAAAUGAAAGCUGUUGGGGUGUGUUAUUGCUAAUAAGUGCAGUUAAGUCUACAACUCACCACCUAGAUAUUAGAAAGCUCGUGGGCCCACCAGAUGAGAUAUUCAAGAAAUUAUUCCUAUAUAACAAUGGGCAGAGAACCAUGGCAAUUUUCAGGUCUUUAUUUCAAAUGCCCCCUUUCUUAUUCUUAAUACCCUACAUAUUCAUUCUAGCAAUUUUGGCUUAUUCAGAAGAGCAUAAAGAAGAAAUGGAAAGCACACACCACCACAUUAACAAUGGCUAAGCAUAUCUGGGUGUAUUCCUCCCGACUUUCCUAGGCAUGUAUUUCUAAUAGCAUGAUUUAUUUGAUAUUUCAUUUAGAUAAACUAUAAUUUAUAUAAUCAAUCAUACUACCAUUUUGUUUGAUUUCUUACUAUUAGGACAACAUUUGGGUAAGUGCCCUUGCCUUUGGCACAUCUGUAACGAUUCCUUUAUAGUGAGGCCAAGAACUUCAAUACCUGGACCAUCUGGGAGUGUGCAUGUUUUUAGAGUUUUUGAUACAUAUCUGUAUGCCUCCAGAAGCAUUGCUUAGCUGCACUAUUAGUAUCACAUCUGAGGGCACCUGUUUCCCAUCGUACUUCCCCAUGUCACAUAUUAUUUAAACUUUUCGUUCCUUUUUCCAUGUACAAAAUACUCAAAGGUUGCUGGAUUUGGCAGGACUUGGCUAGGUCAAGAACUCUGUAAGAAGGCUGAAAAACAGGAAGCCCAACUGUCAGAAGAUUCAAAGGCAGUAUAAGCUUUAGGAACCUUUUGAAGUGCUUCUAGAAACUCUUUGUUCCCAGGCUUGAAGUAUACAGGCAAUGCAAUGCUGACCCUUCGCUUAUCCCAGCAAUAAAAAAAAUUUCGGGGGCGGGGGGCCCCUGGGUAGCUCAGUUGGUUUAGUGUUCAACUCUGGGUUUCCACUCAGGUCAUGACCUCAUGGGUCGUGGGCUUG